AUGGUAGUGCUUAUUGAGGAUUCUGAAGUGCUACUGGUACCGUGGUGUCAAAGCGGACAACCGUGUAAUAUGGCGGUGAUGCAAUUUUCUUAGGUUCAUCGGUUCAAAAUGUUGACACCAUUUUUAGAUCACUUUAAAGAGCGCAAUAUGGCGAUAAUGUAAUUUUCUUAGGUUCAAUGGUGUCAAAAUGUUGACACCAUUUUUAGAUCACUUUAAAGAGCGCAAUAUGGCGAUAAUGUAAUUUUCUUAGGUUCAAUGGUGUCAAAAUGUUGACACCAUUUUUAGAUCACUUUAAAGAGCGCAAUAUGGCGAUAAUGUAAUUUUCUUAGGUUCAAUGGUGUCAAAAUGUUGACACCAUUUUUAGAUCACUUUAAAGAGCGCAAUAUGGCGAUAAUGUAAUUUUCUUAGGUUCAAUGGUGUUAAAAUGUUGACACCAUUUUUAGAUCACUUUAAAGAGCGCAAUAUGGCGAUAAUGUAAUUUUCUUAGGUUCAAUGGUGUCAAACUGUUGACACCAUUUUUAGAUCACUUUAAAGAGCGCAAUAUGGCGAUAAUGUAAUUUUCUUAGGUUCAAUGGUGUCAAAAUGUUGACACCAUUUUUAGAUCACUUUAAAGAGCGCAAUAUGGCGGUAAUGUAAUUUUCUUAGGUUCAAUGGUGUUAAAAUGUUGGCACCAUUUUUAGAUCACUUUAAAGAGCGCAAUAUGGCGGUAAUGCAAUUUUCUUAGGUUCAUCGGGUCAAAAUGUUGACACCAUUUUCCUAUCACAUAAAAGAGCGCAAUUAGUUGAGGCAAUCUCAUUGUACUCCAUCACUCGUUUGAAGUCAUACGAUCUGAACCAAAAGGGAUUUCAUUUUGUAAGUAGGUCGCAAAUUACACUUUUAUUGAGCUUAGAUUCUCUCAAGUUUCGUUUCGAGAACAUUAUCCUGUUUCUUACCUAGGUUUAAAUUCUCCUUGCCCUGUUCAUGGUCCAAAGGCCAGCCUGCAUACAGGUACGUUUUAGAACGUGGUUAUCAAGGUAGAAAACAGAACUUAAAUGAAGCUUAUGGAGAGUCAUUUUACUGUGCAGACAGUUUGAGUAUUUCUGUCCUCGACUGGAUUUUUUUCAUUAUUUUCGUCCAGGGAAUCUUAGCUUUGUGUAUAAGUGAGGUAAUGCCCUUGGCUUCUUCGGUUAAAAUUUAUAUACUUGUGCGUUAUGGAUAUUUCGAAAAAGACGCAUUCUUUUGAUCAGUCGAUGAGUUUAACUCGAUCAGAACAGUUAAAUAAGUGUUUUUCUUUUAAAUAAAAUGGUCUAUCUCGCAGGUUAUUUAAAAUGCGAUAUCAAUGAAUAAAACAAUUUGUCCCGAUAGUAGUGAGCGGAUAUCAAGGUAGAAACUCGUAGAUUAUGUUAAUAACACGAUAUCAAGGCAGAUAUUUUGUAUCACCGUAAUGAUCAGAGUGAUAUCAAUGUAGCAAAUGGUCCUCGAUACCAAGGCAGCCAAUCCCUUGCGAAACAAAAAUAGUUAGAAAAUGUCAUUACACUGUACCAUGUAUAGUAAAGGGCUAAUACAAGUCUGUGCAGAUACCUAGGGUUUAACCACAGUUUACAGAUCAUCUGAUGAUGCCGUGGAUCGGCGAAGGCUCGAAUUUAAAGAUUAUUUCUAAUACAGUAGUAUAAGGCUUUACUUGAAACUAUCAAAGAUAAAUGAGAAUAUGUUAAAUAUCUUAUUUCUAAAGAACGUCUUACUUAAAGAAUACAUUUAUACCCUGACAAUGGCUUCGAGUGGAAACCUGCCGCAAAGAACGUCAAGCAUCUUAAAAAAAAAGAACUUAAAAAGGGUUUUUUGUCGAUUUGGUGAAUCGCGGUUCACGGCCUCAGAGACACUUCGAGGAUCAUCUCGUGGCUCAUUUCAUUUUGGCAGUACAAAUGAUUUAAUUCUAAUCCACCAUUUUAGUCACAUUUUAUUUCAAAAGGGAUAAUACAUCUGUUUAAUCCCACAAUAACUAAAUAAACAUUGACUUUCUCUUGACAUUUAUGGUGGCUCACUAGCUCAAGCAUUUGAAUGUCGUAUCGGCUUCUGUGGUAAGGUCAGGCUUCAUUAAGGGUAGAUUCAUUGGCCAAAAUGUUCGGCUUUUAAAUGAUAUUAUGGAAUACACAGAAGCUAAAAAUCUCCCAGGCAUCCCACUGUUUCUUGAUUUUCGUAAGGCCUUCGACACCAUUGAAUGGAACUUUCUCCUCAAAUGUUAAAAACCCGCAUACAAGAACACCCAUUUUCGGGGUUCAGGCCGAUUGGGUUCUUAUAUAUUGGGUAUUUUAGGUGAAAUCAGCCAGAAAGUGUUCUUAAGUGUUCUUAAUUUUUUACUUACUAACUAUGAUGAAAUACAUAACUUUGAGAGAAAAUUAAACUUGAGACACACAACAUUAGAAAAUAAAUUGCACAACCGAGCCAAUCAUUGCCCUGUCUGUUGAAAAUAAAGGAUGUGACUGACACUUUGACAAAUGGUGACAUUCAUUUUAUUGCAUAUUUUUCAUGUAAUUAUAAGACUUUUAAUUCCAAAUACAGUUGUUGUACAUUUGCUAUACACAGCAAGUGAAAUUACUAGCAUUUAUACAGAGAUCUUAGUGCAAUACCACAGUAGAGCUACAGACACUGUUCUAUUAAACAGAAAAGGGAAGAGUUUUUAUAUAUAAGAACAAUUUUCAAUUUUCAGGCUGAAUGUGUUCUUAUAUAUAUGCUCCUUUUUUACCAAAUUUCAGCCUGGGUGUUCUUAAUCCACAUGUUCUUGUAUGCGGGUUUUAUUGAAUUAUACAACUUUGGUCCAAAAAUAUUAGAAAGUGGAUAUCCAUUCUUUAUUAUAAUGUCGAAAGUGGCGUGAUGUACUCGGGUUUCAUGACCAAUUACUUUAAAGUCUCUCGAGGCGUCCGUCAAGGGUGUCCUCUGAGUCCUCUAUUGUUUGUGUUAGCGGUUGAAAUGCUAGCCCUCAAAAUACGCCAAGACCAACUCUGCCGGGGCAUCGAACUUCCAAGUGGACAAACUGCCAAGAUCUCACAGUUUGCGGAUGAUACAACCCUGAUCCUUGAAGAUACCACGCCACUAAGAAAUGCCAUGAAUAUAGUUACUUCAUUUGGACCAUUGUCCGGUUUGCAAUUAAAUAAAGAGAAAACAAAAGCCUUGUGGAUUGGUACUUCGAGUAAAAACAAGAUAGAACCUUUAAAAUUCCAGUGUCCAAAAGACCCCAUAAAAUUUCUUGGAACUUACCUUUCCCAUGAUGCAGCUGCCAACAACAACAAUAAUUUUCAUAUCAAAAUAAGGAAAAUGGAAACAAAGCUCAAUAUAUGGCGGCCGCGAGACCUGACGCUCUUUGGAAGAAAUAUGCUUGAAAAAUCUCUAGGUUUGUCUCAGCUAAUCUAUACUGCCUCCAUGCUUUCUGUUCCAGAAACAGUAAUACAACAAACCCAAAGUAAACUAUUUGCCUUUCUAUGGAAGAAUAAGACAGAUGAGAUCAAGCGACAGGUUCUGUUCCGGCCCUUAUCUAAGGGUGGGCUAAGCUUCCCCUGCUUGAGGACUGUUAUAAAAGGACUACGUCUCAGUUGGAUUAGUAGACUCUUAACACUCAUGACCCUUGGACGGCAAUCCCUAAUCACUACUUCGAUAUAAACAUGGCGGACUCCUUUUUCUUCUAAACUGCAACUACAGUGUCGGGAAACUAGACCGAAAAAUCCCCCUGUUCUAUCGAGAACUCCUUGAGUACUUUCAACAACUGCGUAGCAAUUACGAAGAUCCACUGAAACGCGAAUUCAUUUUGUGGAACAACAGAGUUAUAAAUAUUGAAAACAAAUCGGUCUUUUGGAAGGCCUGGCGGGAUAAAAAUGUUCUCUUUGUGCAAGACUUGCUAAACAAUCAUGAUAACAAUCUUCGCCACAAGAAUUCAGCGAUAAAUAUAAAAUCAAAGUUAACUUUCUACAAUACUACCAAAUCACCUCAGCUAUUCCCCCCUUAUCUCCAAAGUUACGCAUCAGCCCAUAUGGACAUUGGGAAUCUGAACUCAAUUUGCGAAAACCUCGAUUUCCAAAUAUCUAAAGAUGUCACUCUCAAUUUAAAGAAAACAUUCUGCAAGCAGUUUUAUAAACUUUUUGUCGAGGAAAUUAACACAGAACCUACAGCGAUUAAAUCAUGGCGAAAAAAAUGCCCUGAAGUUACUGACAAUUGGGUGAACUGCAUCCAAAACAAUUAUAAAAUCACUCGGGAUAAUAAGUUAAGACAAUUCUAUUUGAAGUUGUAACUUGACGUGAUUAUGUUGCCCUUCCCCCAGCUAUAUACAAUUGUACAAGCCUGAAUAUAUUGUACUUGUUUGUAACAUAUAUUAUCGUAAAUAUUAUAUAUUAUCUAUUGUUAAGAAUCAGCUGUGACACCUCUCUUUUUUUGUACUACUAUUUUUUUUUAUUUGUUGUAACACUGUAUUGUUUGUAUUUAAAAAAAUUUAAAAAAAAAGUUCAGAGGUCCGAAUUCCAAAGCAUGGAGAUAUGAUUAAUUUUCCAACGGUUCAAAAUGAUUGAGAAAUUCUAUACCCCUAAACACCAAGGUAAUGUUUGAUAUCUCUACCUUUUUGUUUGUUUAACACUAGCACCUAAAAAUGACCAUUCAUUCAUUUUAGUCACAAAACUCGGUGAUUUAUUCGUACGAAAAGUCAUAUAAUCUUUUAGCAUUGGAAAAAAUUAGAAUAUUUGACUGAACUUUAAACAAUUGUAAUAGCAAACAAAACUUUACCUUGUUACUAACUUUUGUACAUGUAUGUAUACGUUAUUAACCACUCCCCAUUGGGUCUUUUCAGGACCAAGGUAGACAAACAAUGAUAAAUAAAUAUUCAGAUAAACAUAACCAGGUUAAGUAUACCAACUGGCGGGAGGCUAACCUGCGUGGCAGGCGCAAAAAGGGGAGGGGGAGGGGGGAGGGAGAAAGGGAAAAGGGAAGGGAGCGCCUGCUCUAAGAGCCUAUGUUUUUGCAUAACGCCUACCAAUUUUCUAGUAAUCCGAUUACGCUUACUGUCAAUCAAGUGUCGCUACACUAGCCAUUGCAGAAAAGCAUUACACUCACGGACUAAAGAAAUUCGCUUAGUUAUUCAGAUCCAGAAGGCACUUUGGAGAAAAUUGGAACCCUUAUUCAGCCGUAAUAAAAAAAGCUUUACGCUUCAAAAGAGGUCAAAGAAAUUUCGCUUGCAUCAGAGGGCAAAUCCUGCCGACCAGAAAACAAUAACUACAGUCAAUCGAUGAGUGAAACAUGCGGCUAAAAUAACAUUUGCUCAGUAUAAUCGCAGAACCUUGAUAAAUUGGCUAAAUCUUUCGCUGGGUAGCCCAACAAUUCCAUCUCCUGCAACUGGCCUUCGAUAAUACUUUUCAGUGGCGAAAUGACGAGAAUCGCCGCAUUACCAUUUAGCUCGUAGUUCUUCGCGCGUACAAACAUUUGGUAAAUUAAAUUCUUGCCGUAUCCGGUCCGCAAAACCGCCAGAACAUCUCUGUCGGCUAAAAGAGCCCUUACUGCUGAUUCUUGCUCUGGUUUUAAAACAGUUUCUCUACCACUAGAUAAAUUCACAUCUCUCAAAGCACUCUCUACGACAUCCACGUCUACCGCUGCCAUCUCGACUGUUUGUUGAUUUGUGAAACGCGCAUUUCAAUAUGUUACUCAUUACGGCUCAGCCAAUCAGGAAUUUGCGGACGCCAGCGUCCGCAGAUAUGAACAAAAGGGGGUUCUUAGAGCAGGCGUCCCCUCCCCCUCUCCCCAAUCCCCCUCCCCUUUUUCCCUUCCUCCCUAUCCCCUACCCCCUACCCCUUUCGACGCCUGCUACGCAGGCUAGCGGGAGGCAGACCAGUUGGCUAUUAACAAGCGUAGCCGAGAAGUCAAACUCGGGACUGCCGAGAACAACAUCAGCUAGCAGUCAGAACGGGAUUUGAACCCGGGACCUGCCGAUUUCAAAUCCGGCGCUCUAACCACUCGGCCACGCUCCCUCCCUUUUCUUAAAAAGAAAGUAAAAAACUUAGGAAAACAAGAGAGGCAUCUGAUCGUCAUGGCUACACUGAGAUGGUGCUGGUUCCAUCAACCAAAUUGAUCGCCAAGUGAUUGCGACUGCCACAACGCCAAGGUCGUUCAAACAAGGUCACAAUCAUGCGACCAUCUAAGGAAGAGUGAAUGUACUUAGAUUGAGCGUGGUUAAGGAAGACUAUUAAUUAUAAAAAAAAAAUUAUUUUGUUUUCCUAACAGAGUAGGAUGCUGUUCCUGGCUUUUCUUUUGCUGCCUUUCCUGGGUUCAUGUUUUUCAGAGGAAGUUUGGGAUCCAACUGACCCAAGAUGCGAAAAACAAAGACAAGAGGACCAAAAAGCUGGGAAUGAUUUUUCUCUGAGAGAAGUCUACAGUUGGAUAGACAGAUUUGGUUUUGGAAGGUAAAACCUCUAAGAACUAAAGCAAAAUAUCGUUAAUGCAAUGCUGGUAAACAGAGUUUUGUCAACGCAUGAUGGGCAAACCAAACAGCAACGAGUUUCGUUAUUCAAGAUAAUGAUACCUAACUUUGACAGUUUUCUUGGCUGGUGUCCAUGCGUAAGCACUCCGAUCAUCCGCGAGGAUGCUACCACAUUCGACGUGAAUUCAUCUGCUGCAGAAGCUAAAAGGAGGUAACCCAGGAAGGCUCGAACAAGCGCUUCCCUGUCAGACGUUCCCUUCAUUCCUUCUACCAACUGGCACUCUCCUUUCCGUACAAGGCUUUAGCCAUGUACGCAUGCAGAGACAAAUGCAGAGACAACUUGACAAAGGGCUUUGUUCUAUGUUUUCGGUCGCUUUUUAGGCCUGACCAUGCACAGAACCCAAUAGGUCAUGAUUAGUGCUCAAGGAACUGACCAAUAGAAACGUGACGGUGACGUUAUUCGGCUAAACUGGUAUAUGUGCUCAAAACAAAAGACCGUGCAGGAUCGUGGGCCUUCCAACGUAAAUCUUGUGAUAUUUGUUUGUUCCUUUGAAGUUUGCCGGCUUUCAUAACCAGUUCCUUAUAAUGACUUUCUCUACAUCAAUGCAUUUCCCAUUAUGACAUUAAACACUCAGGUCUCCUUUACAUAUAUGUUGUCAAAUAAUUCACGCAAAUAUAAUCCACUCUUUCUCAAUCUGUUUAUGACAAACACUCAAAUUCAUGGAUAUGACACAAGAACAGCCAGUAAUUAUCGAGUGCAGUCCUGUCGUACGAACAUCAAGAAAUUCACAACUCUUUACCAAGGACCAAAAAUCUGGAAUUGUCUUCCUGUAUCAAUUACAUGCUUGUCAAGCAUCCCUAUCUUUAAGAACGAAGUGGUAAAGUUUUUAUUGAAAUAGUUAAUGAAUUAUCCUAUCCACACACCUUCGCAGCUCUUAGUUCUUAUCAUAUUGUGACGUCGAGGCGGCUACAAGCCUGCUGGUUUCUUGAGGUCUCCUUGCCUAACAACACGCUGUACUCCGUAAAAUUCUGUUAAUAUCAAGGCUAAUAAAUGUUGAUGAUGAUGAUGGUAUCACUUACGAGGAGAACUCUUUAUUGACUGGUCUGUCUUUCUUUUAAAAAGACGUGGAUACCUUCCAUUAGGUGCAAUAGUGUACCUUGAUUAGAUUGCCUUACAUAACUCAAUGUAUAGCUCUUCUAUUGAUUCUGAAUAACGUUCUCUAUUAUUGCAGUGAUAUCCCAUCGGUGUUUGGAAAAUUGGACAUUUUAAGGAAAGGCUGUGAUGAUUACGAAGAGAACAAAAAAUCUAGCGAUUAUAGAUGUUGGUCCAAAGAGUUCCUGUGUGCUGCGAAAGAAGUCGUCAGGAAAACCGUUGACAGUCAUGACAUGAAGAAAGACAAACUUCACCACGAGUGGUACGGCAAGUUUGAAAAACCAGACGAAUGUUCCAGUCUGUCCGAUGCUCUAGAACAGGAGAUAAACUGGGUUACGAAAAUCCGAUGGAAUGACCCCAGACUUCUCUACUGGGCCAAAACUGAUCUUGACCAACUUGGUCAAGAAAUUCUCAAUCGAUCCUUCUACUACAUUGAAACAAACAAUAUCAAUAGCUUAGAACUGGUUUUUAACCACUAUAAGUCCAGCGGCACGAUGGAUCUUAUGAAAAAACAGUGCGAAAGCUUGGACAGGGACGAUACCAAAAUGCAAUGUAAGUUAGCAAUAGUCUUUGAUAGGUUAGCAGAGUUGAUGAUAGAUCAUAAAGGUAUACCAUGGGAUAUGAGUCAGCAGCCCCCUAGAACCAGGGAGGAGCUAUCUAUGUUGUAUCUUCUCCAGCCUAAAGUCUAUGAGAUCAUGAACAUUGCGUCUGAACUCAGAAAUAAGACCCUCUGCUACCGGCUAAUGACAAUGUUCCAAAGUCUCUAUGAUAAUGCCCUGAAUCAGGAUGGCAACAAAAUUAAGCACCAUUUCGGUGAAUUCGGUUCCAUUUCUGCAAGUAUGAAACGCGAUUGUGCAGACACCUACAACAAUGAUUUUGAGCAACUCACGUGCUACUUGGCCGAGACGUUUACACGUAUGGAAAAACUAAGAAGUGCUCUAGGGCCAAAUUAUGACAACUGGAAGUCGAGUGAAUCGCAAAGCAUGCGAGCGGUUGUUCUAGUUUGGCUUUUAUUGACGCCCAAAGGCCAUUUUUAUGUCCAAACCGAUGCACUUAAGAGAGCUGAGACUGCGAAAGAGUUGCUGAAAAUCAUGUAUAACAAAAUCCGAGAAAAUGACCUCACUGGCCUUCAAGAUAUUGCCAAUUUAGUACCCAACCAGAAUCAAAUGGGACUGACCAGUAGUGAUGAAUGUGCCCCCAGUUUUGAAAAAAUUAGUAGGAGCAUGGAAUGCGGUUUUAAGAUCCUCAUGGAGAACGUAGCAGUUUUUCUUGACCAGUACAGCAGUAAGGAUCGUAGAACAAAAAGUCUGGAUCUGAGCGUCGAUCAUAAAACCCGGUUAACCCAGUUUCAAAUUUCAAGCAUCAAAGGUGCAGUUGAAAAUACCAAGCUAGAGCUGCAAAGCUCGUUGGAAAAGUUCACUGGAGAGAUAAAGAAAUAUUUCGAGACAUCAAUAGGCAGUCGUUUCACACAUUUGCGUGAUUAUUUCACAAAAGUUGCCAAUUUUGACAAAGCAAUUGCCCAGGCAGAUACAAUUUUCAUAACCGGCAAAUUGGACGAAUUCAGAAAAACGGUAGCAAAACUUCAGAAAAAACUAGAAUAUGAUACCUCUAAGCUGCAAAUGGAGGGUACCAUAAUCAAAUCUAUUGAUGCUACUUUUAUGUGGUUAAAAGUCAUUGGUUCGGGUAUUUCGGCAAUAAUGGGAGCCAUGGGGGGAGACUUUGGCGGCUUCGCGGACACGGCUGAUCGUAUCGACGCCGCUGCCAGGACAACGCUCGAGGCAGUCAAGGGCGGUGCAAUUCGUGAGCAAAUAACAAUAGCCACAGACAAGUUCAGGAUAAUUGGAGAAGGAUUUCAGAAAAAUAGAGUUCACUUAGAAAAUACCAAGAAAAUCCUUGCUAAGCUCGAGGCGGAAGAAACUAGUAGUGAUGAAUUUAAGAAAAUACAGGAAGAAUUUCUGAAAAGCUAUAAUGACUACACACCGCAGGUCUCCGAAGCUCAAAUAGCUGAGCUAGACGCUGCCUGGAGCGCAGUAGUUGAUAAUUUGGAAACCUUGAUAGAUUCCGUGGAGACAAAAGAGGCCAUUGUUGGUGCAACGUACAUUUUCGUAGGAAACCACCUUUUUAAACUCAAAAUCGCUGUACCUCAACUUGCGCAAACCCUUAGCAAUCGGUUUGACUACCAAUUUGAGUUGAUGGACAGUUUGACGGCAACGGUCCGGGCAUAUACAUCAAUGCAAGCGGCAAAAGGUCUAGAGCAAGGCUUCCAGGAUUUGGAGGGACAGCUAGCGGAGUCCGCCGAAGCUCAACUUGCGCUCGAACAAAUGGCUUUAUCCACAUAUGUAAUAUCUCAGUUCCAUUUGCUUCUCAUCCUAUCUCAAUAUUGUAAUUAUGUGACCUAUGUUAACGCAGGGAUAGAGUCCAAUCAAUGCACUAACGCCUUAAGUACAAUGGAUACUAACCAUAUUGACGAGGCACUUAGUUAUAACCCUCCUUCUUGCGACGUAGUUAAUGUUGACUUGAAAAUUCCCACAAGUGAUUCAGGCAGAGCCGAUAGUAUCAAUCUCAAUCAGAUAAAUUCAGGGGAACCGAUUGCUUUUCAAAUUCCCAGCUUUGAGUGGUUGAAGCGUAACGGCCAAAUCUCCUCCAGGGAUGAAGACAGUGCCCUUUUUGUUAAGCUUUUUGAGGUCUAUCUCAUUACAAAUGAUAACUACCAGUUAAGCAGAAACGUACGGGUAGAAGUCACUCCUGCGGGGUCAGCCCCAAUCUACCCCGUUUCAGGACAAGUGAAAUACGAACUACGGCCCCGCUCACGAACACAGUAUGUCUUUGAAUACAAAGAAAAUUAUAGGGGCAACUGCAACUCGGAGAAAAACCCUUACCUUGUCUGCUCCCCAGGACCUAAAGGCAUUUGUGUUCAAAGUAGGGGGGAGCUCAACAAUAAUUUGGGUGCUUAUCCUUCAAUCUACAGUCCAUGGCUUAUAAAACUUGACCAAAACAUUGGCAAUGCCCCUAAACCUGCUCCGGAAACCAAAUUGUAUCUCCAAGCUAAGCUUCAACUAUGCAGAAAGAGAAAAGAUUCAAACAUUAGGUCCAGUCAGGGAAGAAAGCGCUCUUUGAAAAAGGCCAAAAAGCAUAAGCACCAUGCAUUUAGGGACUCAGAUGUCCCGGCUUGUCCCGUGGGGAAAUAUUUCAAUCAAGAGUCAGGGCUAUUCGCAGCUUGUAGUGUUGACUCUACCCCGCAGCAUUAUGGGUAUUAUUGUGAAGUGAACAGUCAGUAG